CAUUGAGAACGCAGGGAAUGGGAGCGCGUAUCGGAUGGACGGGAUAUCCGAACGCACCGGCUGCGAUAUCUGAUCAACCCACCGACAAAAGCGGGACGCAUACCUUACAUGAUUUCAGUGCUCAAUACAGUGGAUUGACAUUGAUAUUAUUUGAUACCCGCCAUCGUAUCCGCUUCAGCCAAAUUAUUUGUACAGAUUCCGUUUGACGAGAAGCCUGCUACGACUGAGCGAGUACUGUGACCGAACUAUGCCAGCUAUGAAAUAAGAAGCGGCGCGAGCCUGCAUUCGUAAUUCUUUCUUUGGGUCAUUGAUCAAUCACCCGGCGAUUGUCUUAAGGCGUCUCUCUUGGGGGGAAAACCAUCAUCCUUUGGCACUGGGGGUGAAGGGUGAAGCGGGGUAUCCGGCGACAUGGCCAAUGCCUCCACUGAUCUGGACAAUGCGGAGGCCCAGCGGCAGCUCAACAACAACAACCGACCCGUCAGCACAGGACACUGGGAGACUGAGACCACCAGCGCCAAGCUCUUCGAGUGCUCCCGCAUCAAAGCACUAGCAGAAGAGAGAGAUGCUGUCCAGAAGAAGACCUUCACCAAAUGGGUCAACUCCCACCUGGCGCGGGUGUCCUGCCGGAUCGCUGAUCUAUACAACGACCUGCGGGACGGCUACAUGCUCACCAGACUUCUGGAAGUUCUGUCCGGAGAAAUGCUGCCAAGGCCAACUCGAGGCCGCAUGCGUAUCCACUGCCUGGAGAACGUGGACAAGGCUCUGCAGUUCCUCAAAGAACAGCGGGUCCAUCUCGAGAACGUGGGCUCCCACGACAUCGUCGACGGCAACACCCGUCUGACCCUCGGCCUUAUCUGGACCAUCAUCCUCCGCUUCCAGAUCCAGGUGAUCAAAAUUGAGACAGAGGACAACAGAGAGACGCGGUCAGCCAAGGACGCCCUUCUGCUGUGGUGCCAGAUGAAAACAGCAGGGUACCCUGAGGUGAACAUUCAUAACUUCACCACCUGCUGGAGGGAUGGCCUGGCUUUCAAUGCACUCAUUCACAGGCACAGACCUGAUUUAAUCGAGUUCCAUAAGCUGGCCAGGUCUAACGCCACUCACAACCUCCAGCAAGCCUUCAACGUCGCAGAACAGAACCUUGGCCUCACCAAGCUCCUGGACCCUGAAGACGUGAACACGGAGAACCCGGACGAGAAGUCCAUCAUAACCUAUGUGGUGUCCUUCUACCACUACUUCUCCAAGAUGAAGGCCCUUAUUGUAGAGGGGAAAAGGAUAGGCAAGGUCCUGGACAGCGCCAUUGAGGCGGAGAAGAUCAUUGAGCGAUACGAGGAGCUGGCGUCGGAACUGUUGGAGUGGAUCGAGAAGACCAUCAGCAUAAUCAGCAACCAGAAGUUUGCCAACUCGCUCACCGGUGUCCAGCAGCAACUCCAGGCCUUCACCACCUACUGCACCAUCGAGAAGCCCAUCAAAUUCCAGGAGAAAGGUAACCUGGAGGUGCUCCUCUUCACCAUCCAAAGCAAGCUCAGAGCCAACAACCAGAAGCCAUACGUGCCUCACGAAGGGAAGCUCAUCUCGGACAUCAACAAGGCGUGGGAGAGGCUUGAGAAGGCGGAGCAUGAGAGGGGCGUGGCCUUGAGGACGGAGCUGAUUCGCCAGGAGAAACUGGAGCUGCAGGCGCAGCGCUUUGACCACAAGACCACCAUGCGCCAAGCGUGGCUUAAUGAGAACCAGCGGCUAGUCUCACAGGACAACUUUGGCUACGACCUGCCAGCGGUGGAGGCGGCCAUGAAGAAGCAUGAGGCCAUCGAGGCGGACAUCUCGUCCUACGAGGACCGCAUCAGCGUGGUGGUCGAGCUGGCAGCCGAGAUGGAAGCCGAGGGCUACUACGACAUCCGACGGAUCUCCGCCCGCAAGGAGAACAUCCUGGGCCAGUGGAAGCUGCUCAAGGAGCUGGUGGUGGGCCGCAAGACGCGGCUGGAGAAGAACCUGGCCCUGCAGAAGACCUUCCAGGACAUGGUCUACAUGAUUGACUGGAUGGAGGAGAUACAGAUCCAACUGCUGUCUAAAGACUUUGGGAAACACCUGCUGGAGGUGGACGACCUGCUGCAGAAGCACAGCCUUCAGGAGGCCGACAUCUCAGUGCAGGCCGAGAGAGUGCAGACCCUGAACACUGUGGCCCUCAAGUUCACCGCCAUCGAAGGCUACCAGCCAUGCGACCCGCAGGUCAUCUGUAACCGGGUCAACCAUGUGAGCACGUGCCUGGAGGAGCUGAAGCAGCUGGCGUCCACGCGUCGUGCCGAGCUGGAGGAGUCCAGACAACUCUGGGCCUUCUACGAGGAGCUGGAGGAGUCGGAGGCGUGGAUCCGGGAGAAGACGUCCAUCCUGUCGGCGCAGACGUGCGGCAAGGAUCUGAGCAGCGUGCUGCGCCUGCUGCAGAACCACAAGAGCCUGGCGGGGGAGCUGCUGAGCCGGCGCUCGCUGCUGCAGCAGACCAUGAAGAAGGGCAAGCAGAUCCUCACGCAGAAGAGCUUCGGCACGGCCGGCAUCCAGGAGCGCGUCAUGGAGGCCAAGGGCGAGUGGAAACGCCUGGAGGAACAGGCCGCGCUGCGCCUCGGCCACCUGCAGGAGGCGCUGGACUUCUUCCAGUUCGCCGCCGAGUCCGACGACCUGCUGGCGUGGCUGCAGGACAUCUACCGGCUGGUGUCCAGCGAGGACUUCGGCCACGACGAGUACUCCACGCGCUCGCUGCUCAAGAAGCACCGGUGCGUGCGCGAGAGCCUGGAGAAGCACCGCGCCAACGCCGCCGCCCUGCGCAAGCAUGCCGCCUCGCUGCCGCCGCCCUACAGGCAGCUGGAGGAGGUGCAGGCGCGCACGGCCGAGGUGGAGCAGCUGUACGCCGAGGUGGUGGACGUGGCCGUCCUGCGGCAGCAGUGGCUGCACGACGCACUCGCCGUCUACCACAUGUUCAGUGAGGUCAACGCCUGCGAGGUCUGGAUCGACGAGAAGGAGCAGUGGCUCAACAAGAUGGAGGUGCCCGAGAGGCUGGAGGACGUCGAGGUGGUGGCGCACAGGUUCGAGAGCCUCGACCAGGAAAUGAACAGCCUGAUGGGAAGAAUACUGGAUGUCAAUCAAAUAGUGCAGCAGCUCCUGGACAACGGCCACCCCAGUUCCACUGAGGUCAGAGGCUGUCAGGACCACCUCAACAGCCGGUGGAACCGCAUCGUGGAACUGGUGGAGCACAAGAAGGACCACCUGGACUCGGUUCUGCGCAUCCAGAACUACCUGCUGGAGUGCGCUGAGAUCAAGUCGCAGAUCCAGGACAAGCGCAAGGCCAUCGACGCCACGCAGUACGUGGGCAGCGACCUGGGCAGCGUGCUGGCCUUGCAGCGCCGCCUCUCCACCAUGGAGGGCGCUCUCUCCGUGCUGGAGCCCAAGCUGCUGCACCUGCAGCAGGAGGCAGAGGAGCUGGCCACCGCGCACCCGGACAAGGCCGUCGAGGUGCUCGUGCCCUUCGAGGGCAUCAGCCUGGAGUGGGAGGAGCUCAAGAGGACGCUGCAGGGCUGCGAGGACUCGCUGACCGUGGCGGGGCGGCUACAGCAGUUCAUCCAGGACCUGGACUCCUUCCUGACGUGGCUGGUCCAGACACAGACGGCGGCGGCAGCCGACGAGCUGCCCAACACGCUGGAGGAGGCCGAGCGGCUCAUCAACUGCCACGCGUCGCUCAAGGAGGAGAUCGGCCGCUACGAGGAGGACUACGAGCGCCUGCAGGCGGUCAGCGAGCUCCUGGAGGCCGAGGAGGCGCCGCUGCCCUAUGCCGCGCUGCAGCAGUGGCUACAGAAGCUGGACGUGGGCUGGAACAAGCUGCUGGAGAUGUGGGAGAGCCGCCGAGAGGUGCUCGUCCAGGCGCACAUCUUCCACCUGUUCAUGCGCGACGUCAAGCAGGCCGAGGCCUUCCUCAACAACCAGGAGUCAGGCCUGGCUCACGUGGAGUUGCCCACCACAGUGGAGACAGUGGAGGCGGCCAUCAAGAAGCACAAGGAGUUCACCACCACCAUGGAGCUCAACCUGCACCGCAUCAAGGCCGUCAUCGAGGCCGGGGAGAGCCUCAUCAGCCAGAGCAACAUCUACUCCGAGCGCAUCAAGGAGCGCGUGGACACCCUCGCCAACAGGGGAAACCAGAACCGGGAGCUGGCUCAGCAGUGGCUCAGUAAACUCAAUGACCAGUGGGAACUACAAAGCUUCCUGCAGGACUGCCAUGAGCUAGGGGACUGGGUGGCAGAGAAGAUGCUCAUGGCGCGCGACACGUCCCGUGACGAGAUGCAGAAGCUGCACAAGAAGUGGCUGAAGCACCAGGCCUUUAUGGCCGAGCUGGCACAGAACAAGGAGUGGCUGGACAAGAUCGAGAAGGAGGGCCAGCAUCUGAUGGAGGAGAAGCCAGAGCUGCGUGACGCGGUGGCCCAGAAGCUGGGCGAGAUCCGCGAGUGCUGGCAGGACCUGGAGAGCACCACGCAGGCCAAGGCGCGGCAGCUCUUCGAGGCCAACCGGGCCGACCUGCUGGUCCAGAGCUACUCCAGCCUGGACCAGCGCCUGGGGCAGCUGGAGAACCAGCUGGCCCACCAGGAUUACGGGCAGGACCUCACCACUGUCAACAAGCACCUCAAGAAACUGCAGACGAUGGAGACGCAGAUGGAGGAGUGGUACCAGGAGGUGGGGGAGCUGCAGCAGGAGGCGGCGUCCCUCCCCCAGCAGGGCCAGAUCAUGGAGGACGUCAGCGAGCGGCAGGUAGUCGUGGAGUCGCGCAUUGUCCGCCUCAUCGAGCCGCUGAAGGAGCGCCGGCGCAUCCUGCUCGCCUCCAAGGAGGUGCACCAAGUGGGACGCGACCUGGAGGACGAAAUCCUAUGGGUGCAAGAGCGCCUCCCUCUGGCCACAUCGCAGGAGCACGGCAACACCCUACAGGAGGUGCAGCAGCUCAUGAAGAAGAACCAGACACUCCAGCGUGAGCUGCAGGGUCACCGCGCGCGGGUGGAGGAUGUACUGGAGCGUGCGUCGCUCAUCGCGUCCAUCCGUAGCCCGGAGGCGGACUGCGUGCGCGGAGGCCUGGAGCAGCUGGCGGGCCUGUGGGAGGCGCUGUGGAUCGAGACGGAGCAGCGGCAGCUGGCACUUGACGGCAUGUACCAGGCGCAGCAGUACUACUUCGACGUGGCGGAGGUGGAGGCCUGGCUCAGCGAGCAGGAGCUGCACAUGAUGAACGAGGAGAAGGGCAAGGACGAGCCGAGCACCCUGCAGCUGCUGAAGAAGCACCUGGUGUUGGAGCAGAGCAUUGAGGACUACGCCGAGACCAUCGGCCUGCUCUCACAGCAGUGCCGGCAGCUGCUCGAGCUCGGACACCCCGACAGUGAGCAGAUCAGCAAGCGUCAGUCCCAGAUCGACCGUCUCUACGUGUCUCUGAAGGACCUGCUGGAGGAGCGCAAGUCACGUCUGGAGCAGCAGUACUGGCUCUACCAGUUGAGCCGCGAGGUGGACGAGCUCGAGCAGUGGAUCGCCGAGAGGGAGGUGGUGGCCAGCUCCCCGGAGCUGGGACAGGACUACGAGCAUGUCACGAUUUAUCUACUCUUGGGACUUCUUGAAGACAAAGCCAAGAUCCUCCAGGAGAAGUUCACAGAGUUCACCACUGAGACGGGCAGCAUGGGCCAGGAGCGCGUGACCGCCAUCAACCAGAUGGUGGAUGAGCUGAUCGAUUAUGGCCACGGCGACGCGGCCACCAUCGCUGAGUGGAAGGACGGUGUGAACGAGGCCUGGGCCGACUUGCUGGAGCUGAUGGAGACACGUGGCCAGCUGCUCGCUGCCUCGCACCAGCUGCACAAGUUCUUCUCCGACUGCCGUGAGGUCUCGGCUCAGAUCGAUGAUAAGAAGCGACGGUUGCCAGAAGUGCGCGCGCAGCAGGGAGACACGGCUAAUACCAGCACACUGCAGAGGCUCAUGCACACGUUUGAGCACGACAUUCAGCUGCUCGUCAACCAGGUCCGGCAGCUGCAGGAGAGCUCGGCCCAGCUGCGGACGGUGUACGCGGGGGAGAAGGCGGAGGCCAUUGCGCGACGGGAGCAUGAGGUCAUGCACGCCUGGAAGGAGCUGCUGGUCUCGUGCGAGGACUGCCGGGUGCAGAUCACCACGGCGACCGACAAGCUGCGCUUCUUCAGCAUGGUGCGCGAUCAGCUCAUGUGGAUGGACAGCAUCAUCUGCCAGAUCGGCACCGGAGAGAAGCCCAGCUCCUCUCUCCUCACAGAAAUAAUGGAGUCUGGACUCUCUGGUCCUUUCAGGGACGUGUCCUCGGUGGAGGUCCUGAUGAACUACCACCAGAGCCUGAAGAGCGAGGUAGAGGCGCGGGACAAGAGCGUGCUGACGUGCAUAGAGAUGGGCAAGACCCUGCUGGCCGCACGGAACCCGGCCUCCGAAGAGAUCAGGGACAAACUGGAGAGAGUGCUGUCCAAACAGCGAGAGCUCUCUGAGAAGUGGGACCGCCACUGGGAGUUCCUACAGCAGAUGCUGGAGGUGCACCAGUUUGCGCAGGAGGCGGUGGUGGCGGAGGCGUGGCUGACGGCCCAGGAGCCGUUCAUCAGCAGCAGUGAGCUGGGCUCCAGCGUGGACGAGGUGGAGCAGCUGAUCCGCCGCCACGAGGCCUUCCGCAAGGCCGCCGCCAACUGGGAGGAGAGGUUCAGCUCGCUCAGACGCCUCACCACCGUGGAGAAGAUCAAAGCCGAGCAAGGCAAGCUCCCGCCCACUCCGCUGCUGGGCCGCAAGGUGUUCCUGGACCCUCAGGAGAUCUCGCCGGCCCGGUCCACCCCGUCCUCCCUCCUGCGGCAGACCAUCUACGAGCAGCAGGCCGUGGAGCGCGGCGAGCGAGCGCAGCCCUCGCCGUCGUCCUCGUCCGUGGCCCGCCGCCUGGGCUCCACCGUGGCCAACUACACGCCCGUGCUCAACGGCUCGGCGUACACGCGCAGCAUCGAGGCCCGCACCAGCGGCCUGGUCGGGGUAGCCGCCGGACUGGGCAUGAGCUCGCCCCCGAUGCUGGCCGUGUCGCCGCCCGUGACCCUGGUGACGACCCCGGCACCGGCACCAGCAGCGGCGGUCACCACGGCGGUGGUCACCACGGCGUCGGAGGCGUCGGGGUCUCCGGAGUCCAAGGCUCUGGUCCCCGAGCGCCGCGCCGAGCGGAUCCUGCGCAAGCUGGCGGCGCAGAAGCCCCAGGAGAGCAUCGACCACCUGCACGAGGCCGUGAAGCCGCUGCUGGACCGCGAGCGGGAGCGGCUGGAGCGUGAGCGCGAGAGCCUGGAGCGCCCGGGCGGCGAGGUGGGCGUCAUGGCCGAGGUGGUCCUCCAGGACCCCCCGCUGGGUCGCGAGCGCCUCAACAGCGAGGCCCGUAGCAGCGAGCUCCGCGUCAGCACCGGCGGCGGAGGCAGCGGCGGGAGUAGCCGCUCCGAGCUGCAGGCCGAGCUCCACGGGCAGCCGCCGCGUCACCACCACCGGCUGGAGCGCCAGCUCUCCAAUGAGCAGCUGGUGCAGGCGCGGCGGGACGAGCUCCCGCAGGAGCUGUGGAGGGAGAGGGCCGAGCGCGAGAGGAGGCUGGAGAGACAGACGUCCAGCGAGCUGGAGGGGGCGGGCGGCCCAGCACAGGGCCAGGGGCAGGGCCACGAGGCCCACAGGAGGGACAGGCACAGACUGGACAGACAGGAGUCCAGCGACAGGGAACACUCAGACAGGCGCUCUACGGAAAAGAGGUCCACUUUAGCUGACAUCGUGGAACAGCUGCAGGAGAGGGAGGCAGCCGUGGCCCGAGGGGACAUCCCUCGCCUGCCCAAUGGCCUGCCCGAGAAGGUGUCCCGACCGGAACGGCCGCGGGCGCGAGACCGGCCCAAGCCUCGGCGGAGACCCCGGCCGAAGGAGCCCAGCGGCGGGGAGGUGCGGGAGGCGCGGCGCUCGCGGUCAGCGCCGGCGCAGAGCAGCCCAUCCGUCCCCCAGCCGCCAUCGCACACCGCCCAGCACGAGGGCUUCCUGUUCCGCAAGCUGGACAUCGAGAGCCUGAAGAAGGCCGCCAACAGGUGGGGCCCGCGCGACGCUGUCGUCACUCUCCGUGAAGUGGACUUCACUCUGUUGCUCCUCGCCGAUUGGUCACACUUUGACAGGAAUCUCCACCCUGAAACAUGUUCAAAAUGGCUGCUGUGCAGUGUACUUUGUAUUUUUGCUGUGUCUUCAUCAGCGUACAGUAUCUUCAUGUAGAUUCAUUUGGUCAUCUUGAUACAGAUGAUUUUUAGAUACAGGUACUGAGUUAGCUGUCACUGUUUAUUUAGUGUUGGAUUAUGUCUAACAUUCAAGAUUGUGAAGGUGCAUCCAGCAACUCAGUGUAGAAAAGGGAUAACCUGGAUCAAGUCUAGAAUACAGCAUAUUAACACAAGAGUCACAGCAUGUUUACAUGUAGACAUAGUCUAUCAAAACCACAUACAAAACACAUUCCUGUAUUUGUAUAUACCCUAAAGUGUUUCAGGGGGAAGUAUUCCAAGAAUCCUUUUAGUUAUCAAGCCAGUGUUCAUUUCUGUUGGAUGUAUAGGUAUGAUUGAUCUCGUUCCAUUCUGUUGAAAACUGUUACCCUGUCCAAACAGAGUUAGAGCUUCAGUGAGCGCUGGCUUUGUAACUAAUAUGGAAGGUUUCCACGGAGACCACGCAGUCACAGGAGCGGCAGAGUGACGCUGCUCUCACAGCUGAGUUGGAUGUAUGGGAGUGGACCCACUGGGCAUGACCCUGGCAUGCGUCAAACCAGUAACACCAGACCUAACCAAUCGAUGUCCGAUUGAUUGGUGCUGAGAUCGGCUUGUAAUUGGCACUAACAUAUGUUCUAGCUUCUCCUCAGAGUUGCCAUCCAGCAGUAACAUAUGUCAAGGCAGUGCCGGCGGGGGUAGAGAGGGUGUUUGGGCAGUUCUGAGAUGGUAAAAUGUGCCUUAAAACGGAUAUUUCUGUACAGCUGCACCAGUUUGCAAAGCUAAUGUAGGACUACAGUUUCGUGAAUCCCAUCAUCCGGGAUUUCAAAAUACCUUUUUGGACAUCUAAAAUAUAGAUAUAUUAUAAAGGUUUUAAGGUCCUGUAUGUUUUGAGGUAUGUUUUGUAGGUAACAUGUGAAGAACAGAUACAUACUAACCUGUCACUAGCAUUGCACAGUUUUAUGAUCUGGACCCAAAAUCCUGCUAAACAUGACAGCACAAUGUAAGAUUUGUUGGGGAAAAAUACAGUCAGUUAGCUAUAAGUUGUUAGUGAUUUGCUGUUCUGCUGUUGUAUAGCCUGUUAGCUUGUUAGUUUCACAAUGAACAAUCCACACUGCUAAUUUCAGUCUAGUGAUUAAAUUAUCUCACCUAAAUUCAUCCAUAUUGUUAUAGCCCAGCAUCAGUCAGCCAAGUUAUAUCAAGGGGGUAGGGGUAAUAAUAAUUUUUAUAAAGUCAAAAUGUCCCUUCUUCUGCAUUAGUUAUUCUAAAAUGUUUUUUUAACCCAAUGACUGCCCAAGAAUAGCUCACCAUUCCACUGCUCGAACAAAAAAAAAAAAAAACCUGCAUGAAGCAAGCUGCACUUAGCCAGCCAACCAGCUGCCUGGUUGGUGGAACCCACCGGGUACUUCUGGACUCAGCAGAGGUGUGCGGUCAUCACUUCCAAGUGGCCAGCCGUUCCCUUCCCGGAUGGCAGUGGCGCCCUGGGCCAGACCUGGCCCCGAUUUGGCCCAGAUGUGGGCCGGAUGCGGGGUUGGGAUCUGGGGGCUUCAGAGGCUGCCGCCAUCCGGGCACACAUCGCUUUCCCCUGAACGAGAUCGUCCUCCCUGCCCAUCCACCCGCCUCGGCUCAAGCCCUUCAGUCCACCUUGUGGACGAGUCAGCACCAGGCCAGUGCAAGAGAGACUGAAGGUCACUGCAGGGCUGCCGCAGAUACACCUCGAGUGGGGGCCGGCCAGCUUAUACCUGCCACACACACACACACACACACACACACAUACACACACACACACACACAAAUAAACACACUCACAAACAC